GUACACCUCUGAGCAACCCGCGUGUUGAUCUGUUUCCACCGCAUGCGGAUUGUGGGCUGCAGGGAAUAGUAUUCACACGUCAGCCAAUGCACGAAAGCACAGGAUAACGGGGAACAACGCGAGGUUGUGGAAAGUGCCAAUGGGCAGUAGAGUUCCUGGUGUCGAUUGCUUUAGUGCAUCACGUCGUCCAGUCGAAUUGACGUGAGUGUCGAAGAUACACGGGCUGCAUCGAGUAUAGGUCAAGCUGACCACGCGCGUUUCUUCAAGCCAUUCAAACGAAAAGCGUUCGUGAAGAGCCGGUCUCAUUCCAUGGGUAACCCAUUUCUCUGAGAAGUGGCGCGCUCCAGAUCGAACGUGAAGAAGGACCAUCUAUCUGAUGUCGCUACGACCCGACCUUCGACAUGUGCAUCUGCCAAUGCUCUCGCAGCUUCGGAUCCUCCGCCGCCAGCACACGCAUCACGACAUUCGGGGUGCCAUGGGAGUCGAAAU